AAUAAAACUAUGAAACAUUCUCGUAUUUUUUUCUCUUAACAGAAACUAUAAGAGAUAUUCAGGAGAAAUGAGGCCCAGUGUGUUUAUUUAAACAUUUAAAUUCGGAAACGAAACUCACCAAGACAGUCUUCAUGCGAGAUUUGAGCAGUUCGCGAGAUUUUAAGUUAUCAGAGGAGACGACGGCAGUGAGUGUACAUCAAUACUGUCUGUGCAUUGAGGAAGAGUGUCAUUUCUCUGCUGGUGUUUGCGUUUAUUAGGGAGCUUCUUCCACGAUGGACCCGUCAGAGACGACCAGAAAACGUUUAGAAGACUUUACUGGAAAACGAAAGUCAAAGGGUGCUAUGAAGAAGAUGGCAGAGAGCUGGAAAGAAGCAGAGCCUUUAUCCUGCUCCAUAUGCUUGGACAUACUGAGAAGCCCUGUGACUCUUCAUUGUGGCCACAGCUACUGUAAGGACUGUAUAAAUGGUUACUGGGACCAGGAGGACCACCGUGGUGUUUACAGCUGUCCCCAGUGUAGACACACUUUCAUCCCCAGACCUGUGUUGAACAAGAACACGGUGCUGGCUGAUUUGGCAGGGAAAAUGUCAGAGGCAGAAGCACCCACCCCUCCUGAGAAGGAAGUAGUGGGCCCGGGGGAUGUGGAGUGUGAUUUCUGCACUGUGAAGAAGCUGAAAGCUGUCAAGUCUUGCCUGGUGUGUCUGGCUUCUUACUGUGCCACUCACCUGCAGCCGCACUACGAGUCUGCUGCUUUCAAAAGGCACAAGUUAGUGGAGGUGUCUGCCUCCAUCCAAGAGAAGAUCUGCUACAAGCAUGACAAGCUGCUGGAAGUCUACUGUCGCAGUGAUGGCCAGUGCAUUUGUCUGCUCUGUGUGAUGGAUGAACACAAAGGUCAUGACACUGUUUCAGCUGCAGCAGAGAGGAAAGAGAAACAAAAACAAUUUGGAAAGAAAAAACAAAGAUACCAGCAGGGAAUACAGGAGAAAGAGAAGCAGCUGCGACAGCUGAGACAGAACAUGAAAGCACUGCAGUGUUCUGGAGAUGCAGCGGUAGAUCAAAAUGAGAAAGCCUUCACUGAAAUUGUCCAGAUGGCGGAAAAAAGACGAUGUGCCAUGAAAGAGCUGAUCGGAGUUCAGGUGAAGGCUGCAAUGAGCCGAGCUGAAGCAUUUGUGGACCGGCUGGAGAAGGACAUCUCUGAACUGAGGAAGGGAGAAGAUGAAGUGAAGCAGCUGUCACUCACUGAGGACCACAUCCAUUUCCUGCAGCGCUGCCAGUCCAUCUUCGACGGUCCAGAACCUGACAUGUCCUCUGAUUUGAACAUCCACCUACACACACCUUUUGACUUUGUGACAAAGGCUAUUUCUAAUGCGAGAGACGAAAUGGAAAACAUGUCCAAAGCGAUUGCAGAGAUAUCUGAGACAAUUCAAGCUGAUUCUGAUCCUAAGACAAGACAGGAGUUCUCCCUUUAUUCCUGCCACCUCAGUUUGGAUCCCAACACAGUAUUUGAAAACCUUUUGCUCUCUGAGGGAAACAGCAAAGUAACCUGGAUAAAGAAAGCCCAGAAGUAUCCAUACCACCCAGAGAGAUUCACCAAAUAUGACCAAGUGUUGUGCUCCGAAGGUUUAUCUGGAGUUUGCUACUGGGAGGUUGAGUGGCGGGGGUCCAGGGUUGAGGUCGCUGUGUGCUACAAAGGGGCAGAGCUGGAUGAAAGUGGCUUUGGAUACACAGUUCAGUCCUGGUGCAUUUCCCUUUCAAAUACUGGUUGCACCUUUUGGCACGGUGGAAGCCCAACCAAAAUAUCCAACCAUUGCUCCUCUACCAUAGGAGUGUAUCUGAACCAUAAGGUAGGGAGCCUGUCCUUCUACAGCGUGUCUGAAUCUGGCGAAAUGAUGCUCCUUCACAGAGUUUACACCACAUUCUCCCAGCCUCUGUACCCUGGGUUCAUGGUCUCCAAAGGGGCCUCAGUCAGGAUAAUGUCACCAAAGUAAAAGGCAUUCA